AUUUUGUGUCAUUAUUCGUUUGCAAAGUAAAUAUGUUUGCAAAGAAAAUUUCAAAAGUAAACAUUUGUAUCUGCGGAAGAGAAUACUGCAGUCAAAAAAUGCAGACGCAAGUACAUUAAAUCAUAAAUCUGUCAUUCGUUCGCCUGCUCUCCCGCUCUCACACACAGUGACUAGGUCACGAGCGAUUUCUACCUUCAAUUCUGUAAUAAAAUGAUAUACAUUUCGAUUGUAGUUUUUCUUGGGGUCGAAAAAAUGUGUUCAUAUGCCAAAAACCGCGCUGCAAAAAUAAUAAUAAUUUAAGAGAACAAUAAUAAAAUGUGAAAUGUCGUGUGCACAUGCAAAACCAUUCCAGAAAUUGUUGCAGAGAGGCGUGCGUGACUCUCCUAUUUACACAAUAGCUUUUUUUCGUUCGAAUGAAUAAAUCGUCGUUGGGAAUUUGUUGGAUUGAACCGAGAAUACCAAGUCAACGAUUGUUGUUUGUUUGUAUGUUUUUUUGGUGUGCUUUCUUUUCGUUUCAUGUGUGUGUAAUUUUUGGUUUCCUUGUCGCUAAAUGGCAAGGAUAAAUUGACAACGCCAACGUAGAGAAAACAACAACAAAACGAAAAAUACACACCAACUGACGCAUUGAUUUAAAAAGAAACGAAAAAUGGCCCCCAAUUUUAUGGCCUGCGACAAUUAUGUUCCGUUUGAUUUGUUGACGUCAUUCAAUUGCUCGGAAAUUGAUUAUUAUCAACGAUGGAAAAUCCAUAUGACAAAUGUUUGACAAGAUUUCCGCAAAAUAGAAUAAAUAAAAACUCAAUUGACGACAUCGUGAAAAUGAACAGUCGAAACAGAAAAAUACACCUUCUUCAAAUUAAGAUUAUAAUAGGUGAACGAAGUAUAAAGGGCAAACGAGUCAAAUUCUCCAAGCAAAUGACUCGAUUGAGUUAAACGAGUAUGAAUUGUGAAAAUUGAAUUUAUAUAUGUGAAGUGUGUGUGGUUACAUUUUCAAUGAAGACAGACAUAGAGUCAUCGUUUAAAAGCAUCAAAUAGUUUAGUUUCAACGCUUCAACGAUUCAGACGUUUCAACACAAACCAAUUCCAUUUCGCUUGAAUCAAUCUGAGAUCGAAAAUUUGGACUCAAUUUAAAGUAAACCAAUGAUAGAGAAGACAUUUUUUUUGUAGAAAUAUUUUUAAAAUUGAUUUGAAGAAAGUUUUUAUUGGAAAAAAAAUCGAAAAAUUUCUCAAGUUUUUAUGUCAAAUUUUGAAAGCGGAAAAAUGUGGCUUCCCGUUUAAAAAUCAGUGUUUAGGAAAAUGAAUUUUAACUGUAUCCAUCGCAAAUUCUUAAAAAUUCGUAAUAUUCGUACGCUGUUCGAAAUAAAAAGCCACGACUGUCAAUGUGACCUUUAAAAAGUAGCACACAUUAUUUUGCCACAAUAUGUCUUCAAUCAAAUUGGAUGGGCCGUCAAAUCAACCGAUUUGGGAAUCAUCUCGUCGUCCACUGCAUCCAAAAUGUGUGUGGAUCGAAUCAUUUGGAGCGACCGGUACAUUGAAUGGUGGUCAUCGUCAUUUCAUCUUUGAUUAUAAUUUAUCCACAACGGAUCGUUUGCGAAAUGAAACCGCUUCAUUAACGAUACAAUCGCCAUCAUCGUUGGAUAAGAUGGAAUCGUUCGAUGCAUUGGAAACGAAAAUGAUGUCGUUGAGCAUAGUCGGUUCAUCGGAUAAAAUGCAAAAUGAUCGUGUAUUCAAUUCGCUAGAGGAUCGAUCACAAAUGUCGGAUUUUUCAAGUGACAAAGAAAUUCUAACGAAUUCAUUUGAAUCGACUGACGAAGAGCCAUUGGCCGAAUCAAUGCCCAAAGAAAUGCCAUCGACGCCAAGUUUCAAACGAAUAACCAAUGAAAUCGAUUCGAAUAAAAAUCUAUUGGCUGAAAGAGUGUUGCAGUGGCUGGAUUUGGCCGCUGGACGCAAUCAUACAUCGACCAAACAAAGUGAAUACAUUGGAAAAUUGUUACAUACAUCAAAACGACGCUCUGUUACUGCAAAAGAAUCACGAAAACAAAACGAUUUGGAUUUGGACGAUGCACAAGUUGGAACCAAAAGGCGUGAAUCAAUCCGACAGUUGUCAAUGACAUUCAACGAAGAAUCGCCCAUAAAAGAAUCAUCACAAUGUCUGAAUUCCAAUAUAGUGUCAUUGAGUUUUAUCGACUUAUUCCCAACCACAUAUAAAUGUUCGAGAAAAUUUUUAUCACUUCGUCGUCCAAAAACGUUAAACGAUCGCUUGGAACCGUUGGAUUUACAAAUAUCGUUGCCAUUAAAACCGAAUGCAAAAAAAUCGACCAAACAUUUUGGUGGACGAUUCAAGACAAAACGUUUAGAAUAUUUUGAUGAUCAAUAUAGUUCGAUAAUUCAACGACAAAUUUUGGAAACGUCAUGCAAUACACAGGUGGCCAAACGGCAAUUACACAUUUUCAUGCCGAAUUUGCCGAAACGAUGUCUCGUUGUUAACGAUGGCGACAAAAUGUCGACACUGGUUUCACCGAAGUCGGGACAAGAUAGCGAAAGUUGUUACAGUUAACGACUUACAUCCACAUAACUAUAUGCCUUUUUGCAAAAAAAAAUUUUCUCUUUCUAUGCCCUCUUCAUUUUUUUAUCUUCCUUUAGGCUAACCUUUCAUAAUUCCAAUGAUAUAUUUUUUCGCAUAAGUUUCUUAAAUAAAGAUAAAUUUUGAUCUGA